CUAUUGGUAGGUAAAACAAAUUAGGAUUUAUACAACAGUUGAUGUCAGCAUUUAAAAAUCCACGGAAUUUUUUAAGUAUGUACGUUUGAGAAGUAGGACGAGAAGGGGCUGGCAGCGUGGAAAAUUUCACGAGCUCUAGGCCCAGGAUGUAAACAAUGUUUGGAGAAGCUCAAUGUUUCUAUUACACACAAAAUAUUGUUCUGUUUAUAAAACACGGGUAGUUUACAAUCCUUACAUUCACCAUGAGUGUGUAUUCAAUGCUCCGGAAGUGGUUACUCGUGGCGGCCAUGAUUGGCAUCGAGGCUUGCAUCACCCUAGAAGUAAUCCUAAUGAUAGCCAAUGUUCAGACUCUGGGAGUUCCGGUCCGGUAUGCGUCCAUCCCAGGCACCGUCGGCGCCUCCUGUAGCCUGCUGUUUAUCCCCACCCUGGGCUACGUCAUGGACAGGUGGGCCAAAUCCAAAAUCUCCAAAGCCAAAAUUCUGGUCUUCACCACGUCUAUACAGAUGAUCGGCACCUCGCUGAUAUUCACAGCCAACACCGUCAAGCUACUUUUGUACGACGAUGGUCACAAUGCCACGACAGCUAACGUGACGAACGCUAGUACAACGACACAGGGUUUUCCAGUAGAAUCUUCUAGCAAGUCCCCGGGCAGUGAACAUAUUUAUUUCUACGCCAUCAUCGCCAUGGUGGGCUACAGCCUCAACGACUGCGGGUAUGAUUCCAGCUGCUGUUUUUUGAAGACUUUUUCCUUGGCGUCGACGCCAAAAGAGGAACAAUCUAGCAUUAUCGUGCAGUCUAGUUUCGUUUCGUCUUUAGGCGGAUGUCUCAUUGCAAUACUAGGGUCUAUUGGUCUUGGCACCAGACUGACCGCUGGAACGUCACAUGACAUCAACGCCGCCCAGAGUGCCUUCCUCUCAGCCUUGUGUUUUGUGCUGGUGGCAUCAGGACUGACCAUCACGCUGACCACUGGAUUUUGCUGCUCGCCGUCUAGUAGUUCGCCCUAUGAAGAAAUAGUUAAUGAAGACCAAACUAAGUUUGUGCAUAAAGAAGAGCCGCCAACAAAGUCUGGUGUGUUGGGGUUUGUGCGGCGACAGAAAGAUCAGAUCAUCAUCAACAUAUCGGCCUUCUUUCUGAUGGGGUCGCUGUACUCGUAUGAGGUCUAUGUGGUCAACUUUGUAGGUGAAGGCAUACUGGACGGUGACCCCCAAGCUGACACCAACAGCCAGCAGUACAAAAACUAUGUGAGAGGGAUUGAGAUAGGAUCCAGUGGGACUUUGAUUUACUACAUCUCUUUCAUUGUCUUCAAUGUUUUCCAAGAGUUCUUGCUACGUAAAAUUGGAUGGAAAAUUGAGAUGAUCAUCAUCUGCAUCGGCCAUGUCGCGGUAAACCUGGUGUGCGCGCUGACGGCAGAGUUAUGGGCCUUCUAUAUAACAACUGUGUGGACUGGCUUUUUCAGGGCAACUGCGAUGACUGUGCCUUAUAUCUUAGCCAAUCAAUUCGCUUUCAAACUGAACGGAGACAAGAACUCGGGUGUUGUGAUUGCCGUCGUCGCCUCCAUGUUACCCUGUGGGUUCAUCCUCUGCUCGGCCCUGAUGGGACCCCUGAUUGACGUCACAGGGAACCCUGCGACCCCUGUCUACUACACUGCUGCCACUUCUCUACUGGGGCUGCUGGUGAUAGUCUGCUUAAAGUCUGAGUGACCCGGGGGGGGGGGGGGGGCGAUAACUGUGAUCUACAACAUCACGCAUUAGUUGUUUACUUUUAAAGAUCAAUGUGAUUGUACUUGUUGAUGAUUAUAUAAUUUUCGAAUACUGCUGAUCUUAAUAUUCGUUAGUGCCAGUUAACAUAAAUAAUGAUUGUACUUAAAUGUUUAGAAACGUAUUGAGAUUCAGAGAGUCCGAUUUAUAAGGGACAUAACCUUUAUUGAAGCAGCUUGUCGUUAUCAUUUAGUUACCUAACUUUCAUCAUUUUAAUUCAAAGUAUUCAAUUUUGAAGAUAGCAAAUUCAUUUUAUUGAGUGAUAAAUAUUUGUUAUAAGAAUUGCUUUUUAUCACUUUUAGAAAAGGCAGUUUUCAUGUCCCGUCCGAGUUUAAAGAUAUUACUUUUUAAAAAUAUCCCGCACGCAUGAUUUAACGAUAUAUAUAUAUAUAUAUAUAUAUAUAUAUAUAUAUAUAUAUAUAUAUAUAUAUAUAUAUAUAUAUAUAUAUAUAUCCGUCUUACUGCUGUAAGUAAAAAAGUAAGUAAAGCUCCCCUUCAGACAUAAAGAUCCAUAUGGCAGAUGUGGUAGAGUUCAUAUGUUUCUUACCUCGGCAUAUUAAAUGAUGAUGUGAUCAGUCGCCUUUACUUUCCAUAACGUGAGUCCGGUACCCGAAGAGCUGUGUAUAUUCAUGGACGUCCUACAGUCCCGAAUCCGAACCGAGAUUCGAACUCGACACCUCUGGGCUAGUAGCCGAACACGCUAUUAUUCGACCACGCCGUCCAAUGCUGCUAAAUGUCACCACCCUUAAAAUACAUUUUCUGGUGCUACCCCCACCCCAACCCUCACCCCACAAUGAACCACUACACAAUGUUAUAAUUCAAAGAUGUUUAAAUGUUAAAUUAAAUAUAUGAAUCAAGUCAUUGAACAGAAAAUCUUUUAUUACAAGUUCAUUAAAAACAA